GCAAAUAAUAAAAUUGAAAAGUUGGCGCAUAUAGGAAAAAGCUCGUUCGCAAACAAAGGCGACACAAAAAAUCUUCCGUUUUGCCGCCGAACGUCUUGAUCAAGCUCUUCAAGCUUUGAGCUUCCACAAGAGCGCGUCAAAGAGCCAUGAACGAGAGAGUGCUCGUUCUUUCAAUCAUAGCAUGUUCAGCGCCCUCCCAGCUUACACCCGCAACAGAAGCCGAUUAUUUCUCCACACUACCCGAUCUAGUUUCAGCCUUUUCACCGUCACGCCUUCUUUACCACCACGGCCGCCGCCACCGCAAACCCCUCUCGCCUUUAGGUCACAGAACGCCAAACUUCCCUUAAUAAUCCCACGCCCGGCCGACCACAUCUCGUUUCCGGAGUUCAGAAGAUUCUCGCUUCUAGAGACAAGUGGCAGACCUAUCUUGCCAAUUGCUUCCGAUUCGAGUCACAUCGGUGAUUUUUACGAGUCCUUGGUUCGUCGAUAUCAGGACUCAUCUUCGCCCAAGGAUGCGGACAGGUUUCAUCUGGGUUUGCUCAAACACGGUUUCAAUGGUGAUCUGUUCCUGUGCAAUACCCUUAUCAAUGUUUUUGUCAGAGCUGGCCGUUUGGAUACCGCCCGGAAGUUAUUCGACGAAAUGCCUGACCGAAAUGGCAUCACUUGGGCUUGUUUGAUUACUGGAUAUGCCCAGAAUGGUAUGCCCGAAGAGGCUUGUAAGACUUUUAAAGGGAUGGUUUGCGAAGGAUUUCAGCCAAAUCGCUUUGCUAUCGGGAGUGCAUUUCGAGCUUGCCAGGCGACUGGUACAGAAGGGAUUAAACUCGGCAUGCAGAUUCAUGGCUGGAUUCUAAAGUCUCCUCAUGAACACGAUGCAGUUCUCUCCAACGUUUUGAUAUCGAUGUACGGAAGCAGCAUCCAGGCAGAACAUUUUGAAAGCGCUCGUCGUGUAUUUGAUGAGAUGAAAGUUAGGAAUUCUGUAUCAUGGAACUCCAUCAUAUCAGUUUACUCGCAACGUGGGGAUUCUGUCUCUGCUUUUGAACUAUUCUCCAACAUGCAAAAAGAUUCCGGAUUUGGCUCCAAUCCCAACGAGUAUACCUUAGGAAGUUUGAUCACUGUUGCUUGUUCUUCCAGCUCAUCUUUGCUGGAGCAGAUUCUUGUCAGGGUUGAAAAAUCAGGCUUUCUGUCAGAUCUCUACGUGGGCAGUGCUUUGGUAAGUGGGUUUUCUAGGUCUGGAGUUUUCGAUUAUGCUAGGAAGAUUCUGAAGCAGAUGACCACUCGCAGUUUCGUCUCCAUGAACGGAUUAAUGGUUGGACUGGUUCGGCACAAAUGCGGAGAACAAGCAGCUGAAGUGUUCACUGAAAUGAGAAGCUCAGUCGAUAUAAAUCUCGAUUCAUAUGUUAUACUGUUGAGUUCUUUUCCCGAGUUCUCUACAAUAGAGGAAGGAAGAAGAAAGGGUCGAGAAGUUCAUGGAUGCGUGAUCCGAAAUGGGUUCAACGAAAUCAAGGUCUCAAUAGGUAAUGGCCUUAUCAACAUGUAUUCCAAAUGCGCUGAUAUUCUUAACGCCAGAUCAGUGUUUGACCUCAUGGUGAACAAAGAUUCAGUAUCAUGGAACUCCAUGAUUUCUGGGCUUGACCAGAACGAGUGUUUUGAAGAUGCAGUAGAUGGAUACCGCCAAAUGAGAAGGACCGGUUUAAAGCCGUCGAAUUUUGCAUUUAUUAGUGCUUUCAGUUCAUGCGCAAGCUUGAGUUGGAUCAUGCUAGGACGACAGUUACACGGCGAAGUGAUAAAAUUCGGACUUGAACUCGACGUUUCAGUUUCGAAUUCCCUUCUUGCACUAUAUGCAGAAACUGGUUAUCUUGCUGAAUGUCAGAAGGCCUUCUUGUUGAUGCCAGAUCUCGAUCUGGUCUCGUGGAACACCGCAAUUGGAGCAUAUGCUAAUUCAGACACUUUGGCUUCUAACUCGGUAGAAACUUUCCUGGAAAUGAUGAGAGCUGGAUGGAAUCCCAACAGAGUAACCUUCAUCAACAUCCUCACUGCAGUCUCAUUUCUCUCCCUUAAUGAACUCACCCCUCAAAUCCACGUCAUGUUGCUGAAACGCCACAUGGCUGAUGACUUGGCUUUAGAAAACGGCCUGUUGGCUUCCUAUGGCAAAUGUGGAGAGAUGAACGACUGUGAGAAGAUCUUCUUGAGAAUGUCGAAUCGAAGAGAUGAAGUCAGCUGGAACUCGAUGAUUUCUGGUUACAUCCACAACGAGAUGCUAUCGGAAGCCAUGGAUUUGGUCUGUUCCAUGAUGCAGACGGGUCAACGGUUGGACCGGUUCACCUUUGCCACCGUUCUCAGCGCUUGUGCUUCCAUCGCCACACUGGCACAUGGUGCAGAAGUCCAUGCUGCUGCAUUGAGAUCUUGUCUGGAGUCCGAUGUAGUCAUUGGAAGUGCUCUGGUAGACAUGUACUCGAAAUGUGGUAGAGUUGACUAUGCAUCAAGAUUCUUCAACUCGAUGCCCGUUAGGAAUUUAUACUCGUGGAACUCGAUGAUAUCGGGGUAUGCUCGACAUGGGCACGGUGAAAAAGCUCUGGAUCUGUUUUCACAGCUCGAAGCUCUAGGUGGGUUGCUUCCUGAUCACGUCACCUUCGUUGGAGUGUUAUCAGCUUGUAGCCAUGUUGGACUGGUUGAUUUAGGGUUUGGCCAUUUCACCUCGAUGACCGAGAAAUACAAAUUGAAACCUCGAAUCGAGCAUUAUUCCUGCAUGGCAGAUCUCCUAGGAAGAGCAGGGCAGCUUGAGAAGUUGGAGAAUUUCAUCAACUCAAUGCCGAUGAAGCCCAAUACUCUGAUCUGGAGGACAGUUCUAGGCGCCUGUGGUCGAUCAAAUGGUCGGAAGACCAAGCUAGGGAAGAGAGCCGCCAUAAUGCUAAUGGAGAUGGAGCCCGAUAAUGCAACAAACUAUGUACUUAUGUCAAACAUGUAUGCAUCAGGAGGGCAAUGGGAUGAGGUGGCAAGGUCCAGAAAGGCAAUGAGAGAUGCCUUGGUGAAGAAGGAAGCAGGGUGUAGUUGGGUGUCGAUGAAAGACAGGGUCCACGUGUUUGUGGCCGGAGACAAGUUUCAUCCGGAGAUGGAUUCGAUAUACGAGAAGUUGAAGGAGUUGAAGAGGAAGAUGAAGGAUGCAGGGUAUGUUGCAGAGACGGGGUUUGCUUUCUAUGAUGUUGACGUGGAGAGCAAGGAAGAGUUGUUGAGUUAUCAUAGUGAGAAGCUUGCUGUGGCAUUUGUUUUGAGUCGUGGUGGAGGGAGGGCACCGAUUAGGGUUAUGAAGAAUCUGAGGGUUUGUGGUGAUUGUCACACUGCUCUGAAGUUGAUAUCGAAGAUUGAAGGAAGGCAGAUUGUGGUUAGAGAUUCCAAUAGGUUUCAUCAUUUUGAGGAUGGAGAAUGCUCAUGCCGGGAUUACUGGUAGAACUUAAAACCAUAUGUUUUAGGUAGUAAAGGGAGUUCUCUAAGCUCACUUAUUAAUUCACUUACAUAAUCUUCUGUAGAACGAAUGGUUGUUUUCUAUUUUAUAUAGUUUAUUUGCAAUUAGAUGAUGACAAGUCCUCCACUAUUUGCAAUUAGAUGAUGUCUCGUGCUCUUGUUCCAAAGCUAGCUUUCUUUUUCUCUCUUCCGUUGCUGAAUUCUUAACUUUAUGGGAUCUCCCGUUCAGAAAAACUAUAUAGGAUCUCCGUAAAGCAGCCGCCUUUUUAUCUUUCCUUCACUUGGGUAGAGCUUUUCGAUUUGAUUGAGAACCUGAGUUCUGCAUUGCUACAGCGUUGACAGAUUUGGUUAUCAGUUUAUGUACAAAAUUUUGUUGUGAGUUGUAGAUCUCAGCUACUGGUUCCAGUUCGAUCUUUUACUGACCCACUAUUCAUGUCUACGGUCACCCCUACGAGUUGCUCUUAUUUCUGAGCUCAAGUUAAUCCGUUAUCUAUUGGGAAUGAUGACUUUAUAGCUUCAUUUUGCAGUUAUCAACUUAUCAGCCACUGUUGAUUUGGAGAAUCUUAUUAUGGAAUUGCAGAUGAAUGGCACAUUGAUAUCUGAUUUGAACUUUUCCCUGUUGUACCAGAAAGGAGCUUGUGCCUACAAAGCCAUUGAGCAACAUAAAUUGGACGACAACAAUGCCCAUGCAGAGACUGGAAGUGCUGCCUUAGGUCCGAUGGAGAUCAUCAAUCAACAUCAAUUAACUCUAGCAUACUGAAGAAUGAGCAAAUGGCAUCAUCGUCACCAUUGGCCGAACCACUCUUCACACCUUAUUCGGUCAGAUUUUCAAGACCGACUCUGAUGCCUUUGAGUACUACAGCAACUUUGCUCGAAAGAAUGGAUUCUCAAUCAGCAAAGCACUAUCAACCAAAAGCUAGGAGUCUAUAGACGUGACUUGGUUUGAUACCGGUCUGGAUUUAAUCAGCCUAGGAAAAAGGCGGAUGUGGAGCAUCCCAGGGGCCGAGGGUCAGUUCGAUCUGGAUGUAUACAAAGUUGUAUUUAAUGGAGAAAAUAGGUGAUGGUGUUGCUCAGUGGUAUGUCUCACAAUUCAGCAAUGUGCACAAUCAUGGAGUUGUUAGAAGAUGAUCAAGUUCGACUUUUACCUGCAUAUAGAAAAGUCCUUGAAGCAGAACAAGAACGUAUAUUCUUGUUAUCCGAGGCAGGAUUUCCUGUAAAUCGGAUAGUGUAAGUGUUGGAGUUGGAAAAGGGAGUUCAACCUGGGCAACUUUCCUUCAUAGAGAAGAAUGUGAGAAACUUCAUAAGGACCUGAAAGAAGACUGUUCAAGAAAAUGAUGCUUUGCUUUUGGAGAAGAAAGAAAACGGUACAUUGGAGCUUCUCGAAGCAUGCAAGGGUAUGGUAGAGAGGGACAAUACUUUUGCUUAUGAGAAUACCACAGGUGUAAAUGAAAAGGUUGAGAAUGCUGCAUGGACAUAUGGGGAAUCCAUUAGAUCCACCUAUGCAUUGUAUGGAGAUGUCGUGUACCUCGAUACAACUUAUCGUUUGAUAACCUAUGUCUUAUGUCUUGCUACAAGGAGUGAUAUUUGGCAUGGAUAAUCAUGGGAAGGCUGUUCUUUUCAGAUGUUUCUUGCUUCGAGAUGAAAGUUGUCACUCUUUUGCAUGGGCUUUACAGACUUUUGUUCGGUUUAUGAGAGGUAGGCAGCCACAGACGAUUAUAACGGAUAUAGAUUCUGGGAUUAGGGAUGCUAUUGCAAGGGAGUCGCCAGAUGUUAUAUGUAUAUGUCAUGUCAUGUGAUCAUGUCCAAGUUGUCUAGCUGGUUCUCUUUGCUUUUGGACUUGUUUCAGAUAAGCAUGUUGCUUUGCUCUACUCGUAAAAAGGAUCCUGGUCAAUGAUAGGGAUGACAACAAAACCCGAACCCAUGGGUACCCACCCGAUACAAUCCGGUCAACACGGGUAAAAUUCGUGUUGACGGGUUUUGGGCCGGGUUUGGGUUUAAACCCGUUCACUAUUCACCGGGUUGGGUUGGGUUUGAGUUUAGGUAAACCCGACCCAUGGGUACCCGUCCACACCCAUAUAAUUAAUUUUCUCGGCAUAU